UCCGGGCCGCCUGACUCCCGGGCGGAGAAGGACCAACAAGCCCCUGAAGUAAGGACCUCGGUGUAGCCGGGCAGCGCUCCCACAACUUUCUCCCCAGUCUUUGGUAUAUACACCUGUAUGAAUUUACCACCGGCUUCUAAUCCCAUGGAGUAGGAAGCUUAACAGAACGGUGGAGGAAGAGUUUAUUCCGAAGACGAGCGAUAAAGCAAAGGAGACAUUUAUCAGGUGAAAGUUCUACGGGAAAGACAUGGCACGAGGAAGAAACCGUCUGACUUAUUUUGGGACAAAGGGGCAUUCGAUUUUACCACAAAGGAAUUAUGGACUCCUGGCUGGUCGUAGCAAGUACUACAUGGAUGAGGACUAUCCACCCCCAGGGACCUUCAGACCUUCCAGAACCUUUUUCCCUGGGGCAGACUAUUACAUGGCCGAUGCGAUGUCAAGUCACGCCACCCAACAUGUCCACAGACACCGUUUACGACAACAUGGAUUUGGCUGCAAAGUCUCGCGGAAAAGACAAGCGUCUAAUGUCGCAAGUCAACGCUGCAUUGAAUCCAGAAAGUGUUCCAAAGGGGUCCAAAGAAAGCAAAGGGUUACACGGGCUGCCAAAUCAACGACUUCUCCAACGCUAUUUCCCUGAAUCAGCCCACGAUUAUCACCCCAUUCUGACUUUAAGAGAAACAGACAUGCAGUCCCCUCUGAGUAGCCUACCGGAAUACCGAAAACAUCCAAUCCCACCUGUAUAUAAACCCCCUAGAUUAACAUUUGACGAACCGUCCAGGAAAGUAGGUGGCGGCGGCUCCAUGCGCCAAUGGUUAGCUGACGGUUUGUCUAAAACUCGCACCAUGUUUCGUAAAGAUGGUGAGGAACCUUCCGAAUUUCGUUGGCUUGACGCUCCUUCCAUGGGGGAGCUGGACUCCCCCGAAGAGUCACUAUAUUCAGACACAAAUGAUAUAUCCUUUUCUGAUCCAUAUUCCUCGUACGACUUGCCCGGCCCUUUAGGCAGUGACAGACAAUCCCCAUUUACAUCUAUGUAUGAAGAUGUGGAACCAGAUGAUGUAGACAGUAGCAGUUACUUCAUGCCAGCUGCAUCCUUCGGACGACGCAAACUUCGCGCUAUCACGCCAAAACGUCCAUUGCACUCAGUACAACAACUUAGACGUAGACGACGAAGACGAGAAAGAAAUCGAACGCCCUCUUACAUGAGACAGUUCCCUUUAUCGGAUGACGUUUCUGACACUUCUAGUGACAUCGGAUCUGAUAUUUUAGACGACUAUCCACUCAGUCUAGACUCGAUAAAAAGACAAUCGGAGUUUCUCCCAUACGAGCCGGCACCUCCCUACCCAACCACUAAAAUUUUCUCUGACUAUGGGACAUCUUUACCCUCACUCCAGCGGGUAGGCUUGACCCCAACUCCCCGCUUGCCAGAACUCAGUACCAGCAGGGUUAUGCCUUCAGCCUUGUGGCUCAAUGACCUUGUGUCCUCUACAAGGCGCAGAGCUUUGGCGAGCAUCCCAGGCCCUUCGGAUUUGGACACUUCAAAUGUUAUUUUUAGCAUAGACACGCCAUUAUCAUAUCGCCCUAGGACCUCGAGGCCGCGUCGCCUUGAAUUCGAGGUCCCAGUUGUGUUUCCUUCUCCACUUAGAUCUACUGCAAGUGUUACCUCUUCAGGUAACGAUAUUGCGCCAUUUCGACCAAUCAAACCCCUUGUAAUAGAGACCAAUCGCAAUGCCUUAGACCUGUCUAAGCCCAUAGUUGUUACUGUAGACGGCCGUGACGACUUCUUCAGUAAAUUCCUCUCUCAGAGAAAACAGUUUCGUGAUAGCAUAUUAAAGCGCCUCGACGAUGAAACGGACAGAUGUAGGUCGGUAGUGCCAGUAAGGUCUACUAGCAGUUAUUACACCGCGCCGUAUAGGGCUAUACUGACAUCUAGGCGUAGCCCAGAACCCCAAUCGACACAUCGUGACAGAGGGAAGCGGACUGUAGACACACACGACGACCUGCUACCCUUACCGCGAGUAAGUCGGACGACAUAUCCGGUACGGGCUGUUGUAAGUGUUUCUAGCAACCGCGACCCGUUUCCGAGGUACUCCUCCUAUGAAAGGGUCAGACCAACAGAAAAUGACGACGAUUCCAUGUCUUUGGUACCUGUGAGUAGGUCCAACCCAUCCAGGACGUAUUCCUGCGAGAGGGACAGCGAAGAGCCGACUGGAACACUAACCACUCUUGACAGAAUUCGUAUGAAGGCUGCCAUCAUUUCACCUAACGUGGAGAUAGAGACUAAACGGAAGAAAGGGCCGAAAUCUAAAUAUGCUGCCGCUGUAAUGCGGGAGUUGAGACUAAACCCCAAGAAAGACAGCGGGGGUAAAGGAGGCCCCGGGGGCGGCUCUGGGGGCCAAACUUCAGCCCUGAGGCAGCGAUUGAGAAAGGUCUUAUGUAAAUCACAUAACGACCCAACCUAUUACAAAGACUAGUUUCCAUGGACGGUACGACAAGGAGGGAAGCAAAGGCAGAUCAUCUACACCUAAGAGGUACGGACGGCAACUACCCGCUACGGCGUAGGGAUCCCCGCGGAAGACGACAACAAUGAAUAUUAUAUCUGUUAAUGUUCGAAUUUCUUUGGAUCAUCAGAUUGUGGGUAAAAAACAACUAAAACAACUGAAGUUCUAGUGUUCCGGUAAAUGUAUCUCUAUAAGCUGGGAAGGUACAUUGCUGUGGUAUGAAGUUUUGCUUGUGUAUACAUGUCUACGUUGGUAUAUAACUGUCUCAAGUAGCAGCGCUGGUUUAUCAUUAUAUAAUAUUUUAUUACAAGUAAGUACGGGACUGACUUGAGCGAGUUUUCGUCCUACCUCUUGGCAAGGAUUCAUAUGCCUGGCGCAUUGAAUUGCCAUGUCAAGAUGCACAGCAUAAGAUUUCCCUCCAUUUGUUCGAAAUUUGCAGUGGAUGUUCCCACUUCCAAUUCUGUACUUUACGUAAGGAAACUUGACUUUUUAACAUUUGUAAAAGAAAUCUCUAUAAAACAGCAUGAGAUGGAAGUUGAACACGACUGGUUGUUCUCGUUACGCUCUGUUUCCACCAUCCCUUCACCGCCGAUGCCGCUUUGAAGGAAUGACGUCAUACCACGAAAGCCACGUAUCGGGAGGCAGUGACGUCACGUGGACAUAUAGUCCAUUUGGAUUGGUCAUUUGAAGACACUUGGCGUUGAUAGUACAGUGCUGAUGUAAAUGUGAUUUUAUUAAGCUUGCUCUGUGUAUAUUAAGUUACAAGUUUUAAAAUUACCCCCAAAGGAAUAAUAUAAGAUUAUUUGCCUGUUGUUAUCUAUAGUUGACAUUGAAAAUAACGAAUCCGUUUUCUUUUUAACUAGUACUGGAAUGACAGUUUGGCAUUUACAGGCUAGCAUAUCAAUGUUCGGAUAUUACAUGAAAAUCAGUAAACGAAAUGUAAAUGUGCAUCUAGAUUGGUUAUUUUCAUGUUAUGUGAGGCACUUUGGGAGAGCCAGCCGCCAUUUUGUGUUUUUCUCUACAUUGCCCUGGCGCACUAAGUGUUGUACUGUAUCAAUAUAUGAUGCUUCUCUUGUUAAGAAACGGCGUGUUGGGCUUUCGGAUUUCAAACAAUCUAGCACAUGCAAUAACGUCAAGCGGAAGGUGCUACAAUAAAGGAAUCGAAUCAUGUCA